AUGCCGUAUGAACAUCAUAACCCAUUGACAGUGGCACUACCUUUUAAUUUUACCACCAUCAAUGAUUAUCCUACAGAAAUUAUGGCUAAUCGAUUUCAAGCCUAUCGUGCAAUCAUUAAAGAAUUAGUCACAUACUUAAGAGAAUAUGCAAGUGUAGAAGGAGAAAUUGUAAGACAACAAUUACGAUUACAACAAGCUAUUGGUUUUAAUAAUCCAUCAUCUAACAAUUCCGUAUCAUCUGGUAAUACUUCAGCCUCAGCUAAUGGCUUAAAUAAAGAAGAUGCCAAUCUUAUCAAUCGAUUCUUCUUACCAGUUGGUAAUGGAUCAAUUCAAGAUGUUUCUACGAUCUUGGCAAAAUAUCAUCUGCAAAAUGUUUCAAAUUCUUCAAAAACUUUAAAAGAUAUUAAUAAUAUCAUUAUACCAAAAUUAGAAGAAUUAAGGAAAGAUUUAUUGGUUAAAAUUAAAGAAAUUAAAAACUUACAAAAUGAUUUUAAAACUAAUUUAGGUAAAGAAUUAGCUGAAACUCAACUGUUAAUAUCUCAAUACAAUAAAGCAAUUGAAUUUUGUAAUAAACUUGAUUAUAAAAAUAGUACUGGUCAUAGUGAUGGUGUUGAAAAUAGUAAAAAUGAUCCUUAUUUAGUUAAAAUUAAAUUAGAUCGUCAAUUAAAAAGACAAAUGACUGAAGAAAAUUACCUUUAUGAUGCUUUUGCCAAUUUACAAUCAUCAGGUGGGAAAUUAGAAUCAAUUGUUGUUGGUGAAAUUCAAAAUUAUUUAUCAAUGUUUUUAAAUUUAAUCAGUAAUGAAAAUUCAACAUUACCAACUUUUUUAAUUCCAAACUUAAAUAAUGGGUUUUUAAGUAAAGAAACUACUUUUGAAUAUGAUGCUUUUAUUUCUAGAAAUUUACCUUCUGCUAAUUUGGGUGUAACAGCUGUAAGUAAUAAUACUUCCACAAUAAAGAAUGGUACAUUUAUAGAUUUAUCCAUUCCAAGAAGAAAAUUAAAUGAUUUAAAUAUCCCCAAUUUUAAUUCAGGAUUAAAUGUUUCAGUUAGACAAGGAUAUCUUGAUAGAAGAUCAAAAUAUUUAAAGAAUUAUUCUACAAGUUGGUAUGUCCUUACUUGUAGUUAUAUUCAUGAAUUCAAAUCUAAUGAUAGAAAGAAAGAUCCACAACCAGUAAUGUCACUUUCACUUGAUUCUUGUACUGUUACCGAACAUUCUCGAGAUGAUGGCAAACCAACUGGAUCUUAUAAAUUUUAUUUAGUAUCAAAACUGAGUAGUGGUUUAAUUCAUAGAAGUCAUAAUUGGACUUUUAAAACUGAUACUUAUGAAAAUAUGAUUGGUUGGUAUGAUGAUAUCAAAAAACUUAGUGGAUUACCAACUCCAAGUUCAAGAGCUAGAACAAUAGGUAGAAAUGCAAAUGCUGACGGGGCUGUUUCUCUAACUCCUUCAACUACCCUUCAUUCAAGAUCAAGAUCACUCAAGACUGUUUCAACUUCAGGGACAAAUCCUCUUCCUAGGCAGAGACCAUUAUCACAAGCAACAUCUAUUGCUAAUGCCAAUAGAUUAUCAUCAACUUUUUCACAAAAGAAUAGUCAAUCCCCAAGACUUGCUAAUAUGAUAAAUAGUGACGGAACAAUAAUAACUCCAGUUGAAUCAUAUGUUGAUACUCCAAAACGUGAACAAGCAAUCACUCCCAGAAGCUCGGUGCAACAACUCCCCCCACAACAACAACAACCACAACCCCAACAUCAAGUAGCUCCUCAACCAUAUCAGGGAUAUCAAGUCGUCCCCACCGAUUCAAUCACCAGUAGUAUCCGCCCGGGUGCCCAUUUAGUUCAACCAAGUUCACAAUAUGCCACUCCACCAUCCGGAUAUCAUUAUUAUAUUCCACAACAAGCGCAACAGUUUUAUGACCCAGUACAGCAACAAUAUUACACAAUUACCCCAUCAAUGCCUUCCCAAACAAUAACCCCAACAACACAACCCCCUCAACAAGAUCAACAACAAAAGCAACAACAGCAGCAACAAUUGCCUGUUGUCCAACCGCAAUAUUUCCCAUCUUCACCUCAACCCAACACUCCACCACAAUUUGUACCCAUGCCAGGUUCACCUGGUCAACAACAACAGCAAUAUCCGGGAUAUUUCGUCGCUCAACCGCAACAUCAACAACAACAACAGGGCGGGAUUGGAUUACCAUAUCCUACGACAUAUGAUGCCACUAGUCCUACUGACAUAAAUGAGGGACCGGUACUUGAUGGGCAAAAAGGAGACCAUGAGGGGGAUGUUGAUUCUGGGUCGGUGAAGAGGCAUGUAGAGACGACGACGCAUAAUGGGGAUAUUAGUAUAACUGUGACUGAUGAAGAAAAGUAG